GACCAUACUCACAAAUCAUCAUCUCUCAGAAUCGACACCGCAUCCAAUCCUCGAUCCGCGCCUACAAUGCCGCUCCUCGCCUCUAUUACCGUCUUUCUACUAGCCGUGCUCCAUAUCUACAUCAUGGCCUUGGAGGUGUUCUUCUGGACCUCACCAGCAGGGUUGAAAGCGUUUGCACUCAAGCCUGACUUUGCGGCCAAAACCAAGACCAUGGCCGCCAACCAAGGCCUGUACAAUGGUUUUCUGGCAGCUGGCCUCUUGUGGUCUCUGGUCCACCCCAGCGCCGUGUUUGCGCCUCAAAUCGCUCUGUUCUUCGCGGGUUGUGUAUUUGUGGCCGGUGUUUACGGAGGGUUGACGGCAAAUACCAAGAUUUUCUUUGUCCAAGGUCUCCCUGGAGCUCUGUGUCUUGCUGCGGUAGUCUUUGCGUAGGCGACCCUACCCUAGCUAUGUGUAUCAACAAGUUUAAGACCAAAUAAAUUAAGUGAUACGUCU